CCGCGAGUGAGCGGGGCGGAUCACGUGGAGGCGGCGGGGGCGGCGGGAGCGGCGGAGCGCAGCGGCCAUGAAGCACUACGAGGUGGAGAUCCUGGACGCCCGCACCAGGGACAAGCUCUGCUUCCUCGACAAGGUGGAGCCUCAGGCCACCGUGGCCGACAUCAAGAACCUGUUCAGCAAAGCUCAUCCCCAGUGGUACCCAGCGAGGCAGUCCCUGCGCCUGGACCCCAAGGGGCGCUCUCUGAAGGACGAGGAUGUGCUGCAGUCGCUGCCCGUGGGCACCACGGCCACGCUCUACUUCCGGGACCUGGGGGCACAGAUCAGCUGGGUCACGGUGUUCCUGACGGAGUACGCCGGCCCCCUGCUCAUUUACCUGCUGUUCUAUUUCCGGGUGCCGUUCCUGUACGGGCCCCGCUACGACUUCACCGCCAGCCGGCACCGCGUGGUGCACCUGGCCUGCUGCUGUCACUCGUUCCACUAUGUCAAGCGGCUGCUGGAGACGCUGUUCGUGCAUCGCUUCUCGCACGGCACCAUGCCCCUGCGCAACAUCUUCAAGAACUGCACCUACUACUGGGGCUUUGCUGCGUGGAUGGCGUAUUACAUCAACCACCCGCUGUACACCCCACCAGCGUACGGUGACGAUCAGGUGAAGCUGGCCCUGGCCGUAUUCCUGUUCUGCCAGCUCGGGAACUUCUCCAUCCACGUGGCCCUGAGGAACCUGCGGCCAGCGGGGUCCAAGACGCGCAAGAUCCCGUACCCCACCCGCAAUCCCUUCACGUGGCUCUUCCUGCUCGUGUCCUGCCCCAACUACACCUACGAGGUCGGCUCCUGGAUCGGUUUCACCAUCAUGACGCAGUGUCUGCCCGUGGCGCUGUUCUCGCUGGUGGGGUUCGUGCAGAUGGCGAUCUGGGCUCAGGGCAAGCACCGCAGUUACCUGCGGGAAUUCCGGGAUUACCCCCCGCUGCGCUCGCCCAUCAUCCCCUUCCUGCUGUGACACCGCGGGGACAUCUUCAGUGUCACCUCAGUGUCCCCUUCCUGCUGUGACAUCCUGGGGACAUCUUCAGUGUCACCUCAGUGUCCCCUUCCUGCUGUGACACCGCGGGGACAGCCAUCAGUGUCCUGCGGGAAUUCCGGGAUUACCCCCCGCUGCACUCGCCCAUCAUCCCCUUCCUGCUGUGACACCGUGGGGACAGCACGGGGACAGCCAUCAGUAUCACCUCAGUGUCCCCUCGGUGUCCCCUCCCUGCUGUGACAUCCUGGGGACAUCCUCCAGUGUCACCUCAGUGUCCUGCGGGAAUUCCGGGAUUACCCCUCGCUGCGCUCGCCCAUCAUCCCCUUCCUGCUGUGACAUCCUGGGGACAUCCCUCAGUGUCCCCUCACUGUCCCCUCUCCGCUGUGACACUGUGGGGACACCUUGGGGACACCUCGAUCUGUCCCCAUCAGUCCUGCCCUGAGCCUUGGGGACAGUUUGGGGACAGAGGGGACACGAGCCCGUUGUCACCCUGGUGCUCACAGCAGGACAUGGGAGCGUGGCCCUUGUCACCCACUGGGUGCCAUCCCUGCUGUCCCCUCCCUGCUGGCACUGUCCCAUCUGCAGUGGCAUUGUCCCCUCCUCGGUGGCACUGUCCCCUCUCUGGGUGGCAAUGUCCCCUCUCUGAUGACGUCACAGGGACAGCAGCGGUGUCACCAUGUCCCCACCCCAUCCCCACAGGUGACAAUAAAUCCCAUCCCCCA